GGAAGUCUGCCCUCAUUUGUUCACAAUAAAAGUCGAUAGAAAGUACCUUUAAAGAGAAAAACUGCCUGUAAACCUGCGCGUGUCGCUCCAGCGCCGCCGCACAGCGGGGAGUCGGACUGAAUCAUGGCCGUUUCCGAGCGCCGCCGCGUCGCCGUGUUUUCAGUGGAAUCGUGAAGCGGAAGCAGUUCAGCUGCCUCCGCAGCUCGGCCCGGCAGCACUCCGCCGUCCGUCUCAAGCUAACGGCUCCAGCUGCAGCCGUCCCUCGCUCUUGCUCCCGCUCCCGGUCCCGCUCCCGGUCCCGGUCCCGGUCCUCGCGCAGAAGCCAUGGCUCUGUUGACGCCGCUGUUCGCCUUCCUCUACCACCUGCCGCAGGUGUACAAGUGGCUGCUGAAGCCCUACUAUGUAGCCUCUCUCUUCAUGGCGGUAGCUUUCCUGGCUGUCCGGAAGACCCCCGGUGUCUGCGACCACCUGUCCACACAGCGAGAGGACGGGAACUCCUGCGACUUCGACUGGAGAGAGGUGGAGAUCCUGAUGUUCCUCAGUGCCAUCGUUAUGAUGAAGAACCGCAGAGCGAUCACGGUUGAGCAGCAUGUGGGAAACAUCAUCCUGUUCAGCAAAGUGGCUAAUGUGAUCCUGUUCUUCAGACUGGAUAUCAGAAUGGGACUUCUGUACCUCACUCUGUGCAUCGUGUUUUUGAUGACGUGUAAGCCACCCCUCUACAUGGGACCAGAAUACAUCAAAUACUUCAAUGACAAAACCAUCGAUGACGAGCUGGACAGAGAUGGACGUGUGACGUGGAUUGUAGAAUUCUUUGCAAACUGGUCUCCGGAGUGUCAGUCCUUCGCCUCGGUCUACGCAGAUCUGUCUCUGAAGUAUAACUGUGCAGGCUUGAAGUUUGGGAAAGUGGACAUUGGGCGCUAUGGAGAAGUUUCUAAGAGGUACAAGGUGUCUGCCUCUCCCCUGUCCAAGCAGCUGCCCUCCUUGGUACUGUUCCAGGGGGGGAAGGAGGUGCUGCGACGCCCCCAGGUGGACAAAAAGGGUCGAGCAGUGUCCUGGAGCUUCACGGAGGAGAACAUCAUCCGAGAAUUCAACCUCAAUGAGCUCUACCAGAAAUCCAAGAAGCUUGGCAAGAACAAAGGAGACGCGCUGAGCCCGUCCUGCUUCCCCCCCGUCCCCGAGGAGGAGGAGCCAGAGCAGCCCGGACUGUCUGGACCCCCGGGGGGGCCGGCGGCACCCGAAUCCAAGAAGGACAAGUAGGAGGAGCUGGAGAUCCGAGCAUCACACACUCCUUCCUCUUCACUUCAGAUUAACCCCCAGCCUCCACUCUGAGAGACCUGAGUCGCUGUGGAGACAUUUCUGCAGGACACACACACACACACACACACACACACACACACACACACACACACACACACACACACACACACACACACACACACACACACAGCUUCCAUCACUUCCUGCUGUUUUUACAUGUUUUCAUUCCAGGCUUUGACUUCAGACCGAGUGAUUUUGUUGUUUUGAUGGUUUCUUUAGAAUUAUGUCUCUGAUUCCCAGUUAGUUUUGUUUGUGAUGACUGUUUUUAUACUCGCACUGUUAAAAUGAAUUCAGUCAGUGUUUUAUUGCGGUUGGAAGGGUACUUGAGGAAACUCUCUGCCGAUGGAUGUUUCUUUAUUGAUCAAGAACGUCUGCCGUAUGGAACCACAGCUGCUGUAAUCUCAUUAGCUUCAGUCGUCUCCUGUACCCUGACUGCACAUCAAGAGACCCCGACAGGCUGCAGAGCCACAGGUUGAACCAGGUUCCUGGACUGGGCUAGGGUGUGUGUGUAUCAUUUAAAGUUUGCAUUCCGUAACACAGUAACGAAAACUUGUCUUCAUGUUGUUUUUAAUCGUCUUAUCUUUGAGUGGACUCUAGCUGCUGCAUUGUUUCUAACAAAAGAUGAGGAAGGUGUUUGUACAUUGAAUAUCUUUCUUCCAUUUCUUUUCUUUAUGAUUGUUAUUUUUUAGGUGUUGUAGAUGUUGUUUUGUUUGGGCCAUGUUACAUUUCAUUCCUGCUACAGAUUGGAGGAGCUGCUGAGGACGGCAAAACAAUAAAUUGACCUAACCAUGAAG